AUGGCUUCCCACGAGCAAGAGGACACCAUGCCCGAGGAGACUCAGGGCUACAAGCUCUCUCAGCCCAAGCAGAGUCUGGCUGAGUACCAGAAGAUGGAGCCGACAGGAGAGGAAGGCACCCUGCUGCUUGCACCUUCCGCAUCCACGCCCACAUCCACUCUGACACUCAUACUCAUACUCACACUUCACCUUCACCUUCACCUUCACUGCCUUUCAACCACUUUUGUCAUUAUCACCAGCACCAGCACCAUCACUAUCACCAACCUCAAUUUUGACUUUGCCCUUGUCAUCACUGCGAUAUCGAUACCACAAGCAUCUUACAUGUGA